AUGGCUGGAUAUCUAGCCAAACAUGGCUGCCCAGACUUCAUUCUCUCAGCCACGAUUAUUCUCUUUUACUAUAUUACACCCGCCAACGCUCGCCAGCGUUCUUUCGCGCAGUUCCAGGAAUUCUUCCCCGCAUGGGACGGACUCCUCAAAGAACAGCUUGAAAAACAUUGCACUGAGCCCCUCAAUGAUUAUCGGAAUCGGUCUAGUCCUAUACCACGACCUGGUUAUUUGGUGAUAGGUUGUAUCUUAGACACUAUGCCUGAAUUCCGAAAGGCCGAACUAGCCUCAGCUGCUGUCAUCCUCGGGCUUGCGCCAUCAGUGCUUCAGCUGCUAAGUGCAUCCUAUCUCGACACGGCUAUGCUAGCCUAUCGCCGUCCUAUCCUUGCCCUGCUACUUUCUAUGUCUAGCUCAGGAGUGCGUCCUCUAACAGCAACUGAAUAUAACAACUCCAUUACCAAAAUGGGCACAAGCCUUCCCUCUAUGACAUUUGGCAAAUCUCAAUCCGCCUGGGCGCCUGUUAUUGUAUCUCUGUCAGAGUACAUUAUUGCUGCUGCAACUGUUGCAAAUAAUGUGUAUCUUGCCUAUCAGCUUAGCCUAUGGGCCGUUUGCACAUUCUCUCCAGGAGAAGAUUUUCUACCCGCCAUUUGGGCCGUUGCGGCUACAACUAUACAUCUUAUCGGCCAUUUAGUUGCCAGAUUGGGAAUUUCUAUAGAAGACAGAGGUGAAGGAGGAGAACUAUAUAACAAAAGAAAACUAUGGUAUGGACUCCGGACUGAGCUGAUACCGAUACAUUGGCAAAGCAGACUCAAAGUCAAGGCGGAGGAUAGACAUAUGGGCUGGUUCCUAGUAUUGGCAUCCGUUCUUUAUGUGGGCGACAUGCUACAAGCACUCUUUGGCACCAUUGUCCUAUCUAGCUUGGUAUUUAUCAGUGUUAGAGAUGCGGCUAUUAUAGUGAUUCGGUUAGUGGCAAGUGCUCUUUUCGCUCGGUUGAUUGUUAUCUAUGAGCUGGCUGGACUUAGGACAGAUAAGAAAGAGCAUACCCCGUCUGAGGCUAUAGAACUACUCUAA